CGACCACUUGAACAUUUAUAGCUCUAAACCAGCUCGGAAUCCCGCGAUUACGUUUGAGUGUGAUUAAAGUACAUCAGCGGCGCGAAGCAGAUUACGACAAUAAAAAAUAAUAUAAAUCACAGUGAUUCAUCAUUCGCUAUCUUAUUAGUUAAUUAAAAAAAAUGCCAUCUGAAAAAUCGAUAUAUGCACCGGACAAAACGUUAUUCAAGAACGCUUACGUUUCGAGUUUCGCUGACUACAAAGAGCAGUACAACAAAUCGAUCGACAACCCCGAAGAAUUUUGGGGUGAAAUCACCAAACAAUUUCAUUGGGAAACUCCAAUUAAAUACGACAAUUUCUUUCGGUACAAUUUCGAUAUAAGAAAAGGACCGAUUUAUACGAAAUGGUUCGACGGGGCUACGACAAACAUUUGUUAUAAUGUAUUGGAUAGGAAUGUUCGUAAUGGACACGGAGAUCAAAUUGCUUAUUAUUGGGUUGGAAAUCAUCCAGAUGAUUACAGUAGAUUAACAUACAAACGUCUUCUCGAAGAAGUCUGUAAAUUUGCCAACGUUCUAAAAAGUAAAGGUGUCAAAAAAGGUGAUAGAGUAGCCGUUUACAUGCCAAUGAUUUUGGAAGCUGUUAUAGCACUUUUAGCUUGUACAAGAAUCGGCGCUGUCCAUUCAUUAGUGUUUGCAGGAUUUUCAGCCGAUUCGUUUAGCGAACGAAUAAUAGAUUGCGGAGCGAAAGUUUUAAUAACAGCUGAUGGAGUUUGGCGUGGAGAGAAAUUUUUGCAACUAAAAUCGAUUUGCGAUCAGGCGAUGGAAAAAUGCUCGAAACAUGGACACAAUGUCGAUUGUUGCGUUGUUGUUCAGCAUUUAUGCAGAGUAACGUCCCCGAAUAGAAUGCAGGAACACAAAAAAGUUUAUAUGAAAGACGGGAGAGAUAUUUGGUGGCAAGAAGCCGUUGCUGACGCUUCGACAAGUUGUUAUCCUGAGUGGGUUCAAGCCGAAGAUCCACUUUUUAUGUUAUACACAAGCGGAUCUACCGGAAAACCUAAAGGCGUUCUUCAUACAACCGGCGGUUAUAUGAUUUACGCAGCUACCACUUUUAAAUAUGUUUUUGAUUAUAAACCUAACGAUAUUUAUUGGUGCACCGCUGAUAUUGGGUGGAUCACCGGACAUACAUAUGUUGUUUAUGGACCAUUAGCUAAUGCUGCCACUUCUAUUUUGUACGAAGGCACUCCAUUUUAUCCAAACAACGACCGUUUCUGGGAAAUUGUUGAAAAAUACAAAGUAACCCAAUUUUAUACCGCCCCAACGGCAAUUAGAGCUUUAAUGAAAUUCGAGGAUGAUUUAGUAAAGAGACAUAAUCUAUCUUCGUUGAGAGUUUUGGGUUCUGUGGGGGAACCGAUUAAUCCUGAAGCUUGGAUGUGGUAUUAUAAGUUGGUGGGUGGUGAAAAAUGUUCGAUUGUGGACACUUUUUGGCAAACUGAAACUGGGGGACACGUUUUGACACCACUACCAGGAGCUGUUCCUAUGAAACCAGGAGCUGCUGCAACCCCAUUCUUUGGAGUACAACCCGUUUUAUUAGAUGAGUCCGGGAAAGAGAUCCAAGGUGAAGGCGAAGGUUAUUUAGUCUUCUCCAGACCUUGGCCUGGAAUAAUGAGGACUUUGUAUAACAACCACGAUCGUUACGAAUCAACAUACUUCUCUAAAUUUCCGGGAUAUUAUUGCACUGGCGAUGGUGCCAGACGUGACGCUGAUGGAUAUCUUUGGGUAACCGGAAGAGUGGACGACAUGUUAAACGUUUCCGGUCAUUUAAUGUCCACGGCCGAAGUUGAAUCCAUUCUAACUGAACAUCGGGGUGUUGCGGAAGCGGCCGUUGUUGCGAAGCCCCACCCGGUGAAAGGCGAAUGUCUUUAUUGUUUUAUCACAACAACAGAUCAGGUCAAGUUCGAUGCGAAAUUAUUGCAAGAAUUAAAACACCACGUCCGCGAAAGGAUCGGGCCGUUUGCACAACCAGAUGUUGUUCAAAAUGCGCCCGCUUUACCGAAAACUAGAUCCGGAAAAAUAAUGAGGAGGAUAUUGAGGAAAGUAGCUGUAAAUGAUAGAAAUGUUGGGGAUGUUAGCACGUUGGCGGAUUCUUCGGUUGUUGAACAACUGUUUGGUGGCCGACCUGAAAAUGCUUAAGCAAAUUUUACAAUAAAGACAAAAAAUUUAGAACAAAAUUAUUAUUAUACAUAAUAUAAAAGAGUAUAUUAAUCUGCUAAGUAAAUGCAUAACGAAGAAAAACAAGAGUUGAUGUUGUAUCUUGACGAUUUAAACUUAAACGCUUGUUGUUAAAUGUAAAAAGUUUCGAUUUUUUAGAAUCUCUUUUUUUUAGAUUUUUUAAUUAAUCUAUAUUUUAUCUGAUUACUUUUUUUGAUUAAUUUAUUUUAUUUAAUUUUGAAUUAGGUAAUUGUAUCCCAUAAAGAAUUAAGUGAGGAUAUUUUAAGGUCUUAUUUUUUUUAAUGUUAUUUAUAGGUUUUUGAACAUAUCAUGAAUUCGAAAAGAAUCUUAUUUUGUGUAUUGUGCAAAUAAAUAAUUAUUUGGAAAGAUA